UUGAGUAGCAACAUUGCCAUCUCAUCUAUUCAACUUGUAAACCAUACGGUUUUAACUCCUUCUAUUAGCAAGGGAGACAAAGUUGAUAAAGAUGGAGUUAGUGGUGCGGUCUGAUAUUCAGCCGGGAGUCAUUGACACAAAGAUCUUACAGGAAGCCAUCAAGGAACAAGGACCCAAGGGGGAGGCCGGGAGGCUCAUUGAAGAAGAAGGCUAUGACCUGAAGGAGAUAACUCAUUUAAGGCUUGAGUUCUUGAAUAUCUUGAGGAUUGACCAUUUGUGGAUGAUGACCAGCUUGACAAAACUGCAGCUUGCGAACAAUAUCAUAGAGAAGAUAGAGAAUCUGGAUGCAUUAGUAAACCUCAAGGAUCUGGACCUCUCCUUCAACAGGAUCAAGGUCAUUGAGAACCUGGAGAAUCUGGAAAAAAUAGAGAUAUUCACACUCUUCCAGAACAACAUCUCCAGAGUGGAAAACCUGGACUGUCUGAAGAACUUGGAGAUCUUCAGCAUCGGGAACAACAACAUUGAAGAUGAGAGUUGUGUGCUGUAUUUAAGGAAGUUCAAAAACCUGAGAUGCCUGAAUAUGGCGGGUAAUCCUUGCACCCACGAGGGCUUCAGAGAAUACGUCGCUGCGUUCAUUCCUCAGCUUGUUUACUACGAGUACAAGCUGUUGACUGAAGAAGAGGUGGACUUGGCCCGCACCAUGUAUUUGAAAGACUUAGGGACUUUGGAAAGGGAGGAAGCAGAAGAGCUGAAGGCUACGGAGGCUCAGGAAGAACGGAGAAAGACAGAAGCUCUUCACUCAGAGGCUUUCGUAGAGCAGCUGGAUGGUGACCAAUUGUACCAAAGGAUGUUGGAGGAGGACCCGACCGGGCAGGCUCUUCUACUAGUGGGAGAGGAGGCAGAGGAGAUGUUUAACAGUUUCAAGGAGCAAAUCAGCAAUGUCACUGCAGAGAUAUUUGAGUUGGGCCAGGAACAGCUGAAGCUGCGUAAAGCUGAGUUGGAGCAAUUUACGCAGUGUGUUACGCAGGCCAAAACUCGCAGCCAGAAGCAGAGUCAAGAGUAA